AUGUCUCGAACGAUUCGGAGGCGUCUGGAAGAAGCACCGACUCUUCUUCUACAUCCUUAUGCCGCUGUCACUCGGGUAUUUCUACGUUGUAUGGCCAACCAAGCCCCAUGUGAUGACAUUGAUUGGUCAAAUUGUGCAUCGGCUUUAGAGACCCUGAGGAACGCGCAUAUUACGACAAACGAUCAUGUUGGUAGCUUUCUAGCUUUGGGAAUGAGCCUCGUAACAUUCCACCGACUGAUAUCUGGGGCGUCAGCGAGCAGCAUAUGUCGAUACACGCUGUCUCUCAUACGACCAUUUUACUAUAGUGGUCAUCUUAAUGAGUUAGAGAACAGGGAACUUUUGUCUUUCAUAUUUCUCGACACCACGCAGUCAUUAUUCCGAGCUCAGAUUCCCGUCAUUCGAUAUCAAGUUAGAGACCCUUAUUUCGUCGAUCAGCAUGCUGGUCUCUGUGGUUCACUACUUCCGAUUCUUUAUCGAAUAUGUCUCCUGGCUCAAACAGUAAGAACUGGAGAUAUUCAAGAAUCACCCGAUCCCGACCAUUUUGAACGUCUUGCCGAUGAACUGAAAGCAUGGGCACCACACAUCUCACAGCCAGUUCUCGGUUCAUUCUCCGAUAACGAGAUGAUGUUACUUAUAUCGCAGGGAAAUCUGCACCGCACAGCUGCCCUUUUAAUCUUGCAUCGUCUGAGACAUCCCUUUGGAGAAUAUGACUCUGAGGCAGAGGAUUUAUCGGCAGCUAUCGUCCGGGGUAUGACUGCAUGUCUUGAUAUCGUGGGAUACUACCCUCCCAAUAUUACCCUAGUCCUACUAGUCGCAGGCGUCGAGACGCAUGAUCUGGCUGGGAGACAGAAAGUAAUUGAUUUACUUGAGGGUAUUCGAGGGGCAACAUUCUACCCCUUCGCCUCCAACCUACGCAUGCUACUUCAUCGUGUCUGGGAGGAACGGGAUCGUGGAUCUGUUCAACAUUUGUUUUGUAUAGUCGAGAAUUACCCCGAACUCAGCAUUCCCCUUUGA